CAACUACACCACCCUGCAUCUGGACCUCUACUUAUACUUGAAAAAAACCAAAAAAAAAAUCCACAGAGUUAUUGUCAAUACUCAAUCGCAAGGAUAUAUUCCUCUCAGACAAUCUACAAAAAUGUCCACCGUCACCGAAUUCAUAUAUUUCCAUCUGAAGGAUACUGUAAAGCCCGAAGACCCCUCGAACAACGAAGGACUUGCUCUCCUUCGGAUAUUCAAAGCAACUACAGCGCAAAGCGGCUACAAAGGUUCUGCAUGGGGAAGAACAAAAGAGGAUGAGAACCUCGUCGUAUGGGCUAUUGACUGGGUAGACGCACACACAGGAACCCAAACAUCCCAGCUCUCGCCGUUUCUCGAACCCAAUACGCAAAUCGGAACAAUCUUCACGACUCUCCAGCCGCCGCCACGCAGCAGAUCGUCGACGUUGAUCGCGAACCCUGUUACGGAAUUAUGCCCGCUUGCGUUUCCGACCUCGCUCUCGCCGCAGGAGCGUACAGGAGUGUGUGAUGGCUUGAUUCGGUUCCGGAGUGCGCUUGUGGAGCGGGCUGCGGCGGAGUAUAGACCGAAGUCGUUUUCCAUGGGACAGGUGGAGCGGCCUGGGACGUUUGCGCAGGAGAAGAGUCCGUCUGGGGAGGCGUUUGUGCAUCUUCUGGUUAUUGGGUGGGAGAGCGUUGAGGCGCAUGUGGCUGCGAAGGGGACAAAGGAGUUUACGGAGGCGAUUCAGCCCAUUAGGGAGAAGAUGGUGUCGCCGUUGCAAGGGUUGGGGAUGAAGCAUGUGACGUUUCAGAAGGUGUGA